CUCGGUCUCCCCCCCCCCCCCCUCCUUCCUCCGCUUCCCGCUCCCUCCCCCGCCCGCCCUGCGCAGCCAGCGGGGACUGCUGCCCGGAGCUCCCCCGGAGCCUCAGGUGGCGAAUACUUACUUGGUGGGAAAUAGAAGAGUGUUUGUGAGCAGAAAGUAUGCCUCCCAAGUUCAAGCGCCACCUAAAUGAUGAUGAUGUCACUGGGUCUGUGAAAAGUGAAAGGAGAAAUCUUUUGGAAGAUGAUUCGGAUGAAGAAGAGGACUUUUUUCUACGGGGACCAUCUGGACCAAGAUUUGGACCUAGAAAUGAUAAGAUUAAGCAUGUUCAGAAUCAGGUGGAUGAAGUUAUUGAUGUGAUGCAAGAAAACAUCACAAAGGUCAUUGAAAGAGGAGAGAGACUGGAUGAGCUACAGGACAAAUCAGAAAGCUUAUCGGAUAAUGCAACUGCUUUCAGCAACAGAUCCAAACAACUCCGAAGGCAAAUGUGGUGGCGGGGAUGCAAAAUAAAAGCCAUCAUGGCUUUGGCUGCAGCUAUCCUUUUGCUAAUGAUUAUCAUUCUUAUAGUUGUGAAAAACCGUACUUGAUUUGAUGACAGAGAUCCUCAUUAAACAAGAUCUGGGACAGUAAUAAUUAAAGAUUGCUGCAUAAUUUAAAUGAAACCUAUGUAUAUAACUUUCAAAUUUUCUUUUUCAAGAAACUAAAAGGCAAGUACCACUUCAAAUUGGAGCAUUGAGAAUAUCCAAUAAUCUUCUUCCCAACUAGCAAAAUGUGUUUUGAAUAAUUAUAUUUAAGGCAAAGAUAACUCUAUUUUGCUUUAUUCCAAGGAUCUAAUUUGAAACUAGAUACUUGCCAGUUUGUUAUAUGUAUAUAUAGUUAAACACUGAUGACAAUAUCCCAUACUUGUGUCGUAGUGGCAUUAAAAACAUUUAUUAUCAUAUUAAAAUGAGGGUCAAGCUGGUGGUCAGGAAGCCUGUGUGGAGUCCUGACUCAGAUGCUGAAAGAGAUUCAUAACCAUCCCAUCAGUAUGUGAAAGAAUGUCAUUCUUUUCAUAUUGCAGUUGCUUUGCAGACCAUUUCCACAUUUAUGGAUUGACAAAAGCUAUGUGUUGUAAAUGUUUCUGCCUUCAGCUCUACCUGAACAUAUUCCAGUAAACUUAUUCUGACUGUAUAAGGGAAUGCGUGGUAACUUUUUGGUAUUUGCAUUUUCAAAAUGGGAAAUUUAAACAGUGUGAAAGCAUAAUAUGGUACCAUAAAAUUGGAGAUAAUAAAAGUAUUGGAGAAUGUCACUGGAGUGUUUGAAAAUGAGCAAUAUGUAGUGCCCAGUCUUGGUCCAGUCGAUUGUCAGUUAAACUACAAUAAGAAGGGACCAAUUCUGAUGUAAGUGCAAUCUGCAGGUAAUUUUUUCCUUGAUUUCCUUGAUUAUUUGUUGAUAGUUUUCCCUCUUUAAUUUUAACUAACCCUGUGCCAGAAGAGCUGAAGUUAGUAUAGUCUUCUGCUUUGAAUGUCAUGUUUCUCUGACACUCUCAGUGUGUCCUCUGACACUUUUUGGGACAUAGAUGGUGCACAGUCCAAACAGCCAGUGGCAGUGAGUGGCAGACUGUCAGGAGCAAAGGUCAUCUGUACAUAAUCAGUCAGUAGCAGAUGCUUAGGGGUAUAACAAGAUGUGUUCAUUGUAAAGAGUGCCAACCCCUGAGUAUUGUUUAAACAAGUCAACGUGAAAAUGCAUCCUGAUGUGUAAGACGAAAAGGCAUGAUAAUCAAAUUGGGAACUUCUCACAUGAACAUCUUAAUCUAGAAAUACAGUUCACAGGGAUUGUCAGUAUUGAAGGGGAGAUGGUGGUCCUGUAUAACAUAUGUUACUUCUGUGAUCAUUUUAAUUCAAAAUGUAUAAAACAAUUUGUAUUUUUCUUUGUUUAAUUCUACAGUGAUUAAUGCUAACAGACAAGAAUGUUUAGAAUGGAAAGAAAUUUGAAAGGUGGCAGCCAGAUUAAGUGAUGCCUAGACCCUUGCAGCGUCUAGAUAUAACUGCUGACUUUACAGUUUCUUGAUUAUUAUGGAAAGUUGACUCUGGUCUCUUCACUCUGUUUGUCAGUUCAUGUGCACAGCAUCUGAACUGGUGAUAAAUCCUCUUGAAAAUGAUGGGCCAAGGAGUGUUCUCAAUCCCAGCAGCUGGUAGUUCAGGGACGGAGAUGUUGUUCUUGAAUCAGCAGAGCUGGUCCCAGUGUGUUCUUGUCUUGUGUUUGAAUCAUAAGUCAUUAGCUUGCCAUUGAUUAGUGUAGAUGUCUAUUGUCACUCAGUGUCUGUUAGUAAAGAUGGAGUUUUUUCUAAGAAGACUCCAUAUUUCCAGUGCUUAUUUUAAUAAAGCAUGCCACUUUUAAGGAAACAAUUAUUGAAAAAUAGAAUGAUAAAAUUAUUUUCUAGACAUUAAGUAUAAAAAAAGUUUAGAUUACAUAACUUUAUAUAUGUAGUUGUUUGUAUUUAAAUUUAUUGCUACUGAGGAAACCAUGUUGGCUUGUGACUGAGAAUUUUUUUUACAGCAGUGAUGACUUCACUCAGUUUAUUUAUUGUUUUAUCUUUUUUGAUCUUACAUAAUCCUGAGACCUUAAAGUGACUGGCAUGUUUAUGACAUUAUGUGAAAUACUGGAAAUAUGGGCAUUCCCACAAUAAGAAGCUGAGGAGAGCCAGGUGUGAUGACUCACACCCAUAAUCUCUGCUCUCUGAACACUGAAGUAGGAGGGUUGCCAUGAUUUCGAAGCCAUCCUGGGCUUCGUGGUGUGUUCUGGACCAGCCUGGGCUAUAGAGUAAGAACCUGUCUCAAAAAAACUAGAAGCAAAAAACCAGAAGAGAAGUGGUUGUUCAGAUUGAUGCCGGGCCUGCCUUCACUCCCUCCUUAAUCAUUCUUUUUCUCAUUCAGCUCAGAUCAUCCUGCACUUGAAAAAAUGAAGUUUUACCACCAUCAAAACUAUCAUAAUUUAACAACAGUGAAGAUCAACAGAACCAUUCAAGUAGCUUUGCUAAUGUUAGUUGGUGCCCAGUGAAAUCAGGUCACUACUUCCAUGCCUGCAGCGUGCCCUUGUGAUUUGGCUAACAGAAGCCUCUUCCCUUGUAGCAGUUUGUGAUGAACGGGUUCUUUCUCCUCGUCAUAACUCAGUGAUGCCUGUGGUCUUUGUUUGCUUUGUCCUAACAAAAACCAUUGGGAACUGUCCCAAAAUUUUAUAAGCUGAGAAAUUUACUGAUUAAAAGAAGGUCCAGUAUUGAUGGUGGAACAUGGUUUAAAAUGGAGAAAGAGUAAUGCACAUCAGGUACAGAGGUCCCUGUGACUGUCAUUACAGUUCAUUCCUGGGCUCUGUGUUAGAAAGUAAUGUUGGCAUUUUGAUAACAGAAUUGACACCUUUCUGUUUUGUGUAGCAUGUGAGUACCCUGUAAAUACACACACACACACACACACACACACACACACACACACACACACACACACAGGCUGAGGAUCAGACAUGGAAAGAGCUUGAAAUUGCUUCUUGCUGCUUCCACAUGUUCUGUGUCCUGUCAGCACUGCAGCCCAAACAGACCUGUAGUCAUAUCUUGUAUAUACUUUAUAGCUAGAAAAUAUGCAAGAAAUCUUUUCAGUGUUGAACACAAAUGUCAUUAGUUGUAUUGAGUCAGAGUGUUGCUAGGUUAAGGACUGUACUACCAAUCAAAUUUUGUGUUUUCACAUGGAAAUGUUACUGGAAUCAUUUUUACUUUUCUGUGAGUGGUAGUGAGAACAUGAGUCAAUUUAAACACAUGUUUUGGGAAGGCAGUUGCCAUUAAACACUGUAAAGUGGGUCAGAAGGAGCAGAAAGGGGCCAUCUUAGUCCAUACAAAUGUCACCUUCCCUUAGACUGGCCGUCUGAGCCUAUUUUGUGUGUCUUGUUUUUGAGACUGUGACCCAGGCUAGCCUCAAACUCACAGAGCCACUGGCCUCUCCCUCCCGAGGGAUGGCAUUAAAGGUGUGCGCCACCAUGCUCUACAGUGCUGUGGACAUCACCUGUAUGCUGUGAAAGCGGCUCCGGGACUGGCGGGUGAGAAAGAUUUGUCCUGACCAUGGGCCAGGCGGGACCAGGAAAACUUUCAGCUACACUGCAGCCUUUUCCCUUUUGUUCAAAGAAAGAAUUCCUGGGCUCAAGUGAUCUUUCCAACUUAGCCUCAGAAGUAGCUGAGACUCCCCACAGGCACCACCACAAGUUGAUGGGCCUUCUCUUUAAACCUGAUGUUAGUCUUACUCGGCUCCUUAUUUUCAUAUGUCAAGUAGGAUAAAGGGUGGAGCACACUUGUAUGCUGGCUCUUAUUUUACAAAGCUACUUGUUUAGAACAAGUGAGUAAGGAUGAAAACAUUACUGAUCCAGUUGGGGUCAGGGUAAGCUUGUAAACAAGGACCAUGCCUUAGCAGAUGCUAGACAAAGGUGUUGGGGAGAGGGCUGUGCUCCAGAAGUCACUGUGCUAGUGUGAGAGCUGGUGUGAUUUCCAGUGUGUACUGAGAGGUGACGUGAGUGAUCUAGGUGAUUACCUGGAGAUAAAAAUGUUCUUGUUACAAUUGAUAUAGAAAAAUUCUGGUUUUACAGUGUUGCAUUGGGGUUCUUUUCACUUGAAAAGAUUAUGAAAUAAACUCAUUAUUUUACAGCUGUAAAUUGUAUAUGUCUAAGGAUCUAGUAAAAUGUUAGAGAUAAGAAAAUUCAAGCAUUGUUUUUAUGUCUUAGUUGUAUGUUAUUAUUUUACAUCCCUUAAUCCCUAAUUUAACCACUUCGGCAAGUGCCUUUGACAUUUAAGGGGUAUGAUGGGAAAUGAGCAUAUGUAAAUGCCAUGCCCCUUUUCCUGGCUUCUCAAUUCCUCAGAACCACGUAUGUUUUAGAGUGCUACAGAGUUCAGUCCUUUGUGUUCAUAUGGAAUGUAUUUGUAGCUGCUCCACAGUAAACAGCAAAAUAAACCAUUUUGUAGAAAAUGAAAAGUAA